AUGAAGGAAAGGAGGUGCAAAUGUAUGCUGGUCCAAGGGAUGCUUCUGACAGCAUGCAGGAUGGUAUUCAUCGGUUCUUUGGAUGUCUCUGGCUUGGGACUGGUUUCCAGCAGCUUACUUAAGGAGCCUGCCAUCUACUCCUUCACGUGUUCUCUGUUUUUCAAAAAAAGGCUGAAGCUCUUGUGGGCCUUUUUGGGUUUUUCUAAGGGCCAAGAUGGCUUUCUAAGCGAAUGGGCUUAUUGGGCUUGA